UGUCUUGGGCCAUGUACCUGAUGAGGAAAGGCCGGACAGGCAGCGGACUCUUUGACCCAGCCCCUGGCCGGCGUUACACUCCCCCCUCCACCACUCUCGCCUCUGGGGGGAAGAUGGCUGAGGCCCUGCCCCUGGGGGCCCAGGAGGCCGGAGGCGGGGGCUCUCUGAUGGGCAAACUGCGUAUGGCGGACCGCGGCAUGGUGGAGGUGAUCUCAGAUCAUCCAGGAGAGCUGGUGAAGACGGACAGCCCCAACUUCCUCUGCUCCGUGCUGCCGACACACUGGAGGUGUAACAAGACUCUGCCCAUCGCUUUCAAGGUGGUUGCCCUGGGCGACAUCCCUGAUGGCACCUUGGUAACGGUGAUGGCAGGAAACGACGAGAACUACUCAGCAGAGCUCCGCAACGCCACGGCUGCCAUCAAGAACCAAGUGGCUCGGUUCAACGACCUGCGUUUUGUCGGCCGCAGCGGAAGAGGGAAGAGCUUCACUCUGACCAUCACAGUGUUCACUAACCCUCCUCAAGUGGCCACAUACCAAAGAGCUAUUAAAAUUACAGUGGACGGUCCGAGAGAGCCGCGACGUCAUCGUCAGAAGAUGGACGAGGUCAAACCCGGCACACUGGCGUUCUCUGAGAGGCUAACUGAGCUGGAGCAGCUGAGGCGGACCUCGAUGAGGGUGACGCCUCCUCACCAUCAUCACCAUCAGCCCUCCGCCAACACACGCCAAGCACUCAACUCGGCCACAUUCUCCAGUCCCACGCACACGCAGUUAACUGCUGAUUCCAGACAGAUGCAGUCGUCUCCAUCUUGGUCCUACGACCAGUCUUAUCCCUACCUUGGCCAAAUAACCACACCCACUGUCCAUACAGCCAACCCCCUAUCGCCUGGCCGCUCUUCACUCAGCGACCUGUCCUCACGACUCACAGGCCCUGACCUCACAGCCUUUGGCGACCCCAGGAUGACCUUGGAACGAUCUUUCUCUUCCCUUCCCUCCUUGCCUGACUCCCGCUUCUCCGACCCCCGCGUACACUACCCUCCCACAGCGGCUGCCUUCACCUACACCCCCUCCCACAACCCUGUCUCCAACAGCGCCCUUGGCAUCAGCAUGGCGACAGCCAUGGCGACCACCCCGGCAGGGAGGUACCACACCUACCUGCCUCCGCCCUAUCCUGCAAACACUCCGCACCAGGCUCAGAAUGGGCAUUUCCAAUCCACCUCCUCACCGUACCACCUGUACUACUCCACCGCCGCUGGAUCGUACCAGUUCUCCAUGAUGGCCGGAGGAGGAGGCGGCAGCGACUCGCGCUCCCCUCCGAGGAUCCUGCCACCAUGCACCAACGCCUCCACAGGCUCCUCCCUCCUGCACCCAUCCUUGCCCAAUCAGAAUGAAGGAGUGGGCGUCGAGGUGGAGUCCAGCCAUAGUAGCUCUCCGACAAACAUGGCGGCUGCUGAAGCUGUGUGGAGACCGUACUGAAACAGCCAAGGGAGGAGACGAGGAUGCUCUGGAUGAGUAAAACCCCCCUGGUCAUGUGAUGGCAGACGCUAAACAACACAUAAAUCUGAAUAGAGAUGGUUUUCAUCUACACAUGUGAUUCUUUGACAGUAAGAAAAAUAUUGAAUAUCAACAGAUUUAUACUUUCAUGGCACAUCAGGAAUAUUAAGAAAUUUAAACUUUUUUUGAGCUUAAUUGAAGAAAACCUGGUGGUUUCUAUUUAUGUGGAAAAACUCAUCCAAUUGCUGUGCGUCAUCAACAUGGCCAGGCGCCAUAUGCAGGGUGCGCCCACUUUAAAAAAAAGGCUACUGACAGACACUGUUAGUUCAAUGAAGAACAAGCAGAGCGACUGACGAGGUUUCGCAAUGAGGGGACUGACUCGCACUCCAGCCUCACUGCAGGAUACAAAGAGAGACACAGGACUGCAGAAAAGUUUCUAUGAAACGAAGGAUGUAACCAUGGACAUGAAAAGCAGCAGGGAAACAUUUUGGUUAAACACUGACAAAGUGCAUGCAGCAGCACUGGACUGAUCUCAAUUUAGCUUGUACUAUAACAGGACUUUUUCCUCAUAAAUGUUGUUGUGACUUGAUGAUUUGCUCAUCCCGAAUAUUGUAGUGGCCUGUUUGUGUUUUCCUUCACCCUUUCAUCCAUUUUUUCUUUCUCCCCCAUGCUAUUACCACUCCUCUUUGGUUUAUGGUUGAAGAACUGAGCCCCACGCCUUUUAAAGAAAAUAAUUAAAUCACUCGCUAAAGUUGUUCCUAUGACCUCUGGAUCAAAUCUGUAGAAAAAAACAACUGUGAGUUGUCCCAGACUUCACUGCGGACGGCAUACUUCAGCUUCACUCAUCAAAACAAUGAAGAAUUCCUUUCUUUAUCACAAGAUUGAUUAUUAUUUUUAGCAACUGUUUGAGAUUUUCCACAUUUUUAUCGCAUUCAUCUGGCAGGUUAUUUCUUACUCCAGGACUAAAGACACCAGGUGAACCUGGCUGAACUGCCCAACGUUGGUUAAGGAGCUUGAUUGAUUCCAUAUUUAGCAUAAAUGGCCCUGGAUUCCAGGGGGAUUUUUCAUGUUCCAAAGGUCUAAAGGAUGUUUCACAUGUUUUUACAGGGGCAACACUUGUGUUUGGGUUUCAUCUCUCCAAGAUGACUGAUAUUCUGGCCUGCAAACCAGUCUCUCCUCGAUGUUGAAUGACUCAUUUCCUCACUGCACUGAGAAAUCAUUACAGUAUGAAGUUUUGCAAUGUGUUAAUUUAUUCCCACAAUGCCAUUUUUGGUAGCAUUUCAUGUCUUCGUUCUUAUGUGUGAGUAUGUGCGUGUGUGUGUGGGUGAGUAUGUGUAUUUUACCCAUGAUCCACAGCUGAUUUGUACUGUAUAUAACCAUGGCUGUAAAUGACACUGCAUUUUUAAUAUGGUUUCGUCAUCCCUUGCUGGCUCUGUUUCUGUCUUACACACACACUCAGACACACACACACGUUUUAUUUGGAAACUGUUGAUAGUUCACAUUUGGUUGUGAUUUAUAUAAAUAUUC